GCCAGAGGUGGGAGGGGGGUGGGAAUCCUCAUUAGCCGGGCCGGAGAUCGAGACGGUCUUAGGAAAAAUAGGGAACCGAAGGGUAGUGAGGUGUGUGUCGUUGUCGUGAGUUUAUGUCCCCUUUGUCAUAUUCGAAGGAAAAGCACAAGAAGUAGGCCUGAAAAGCCUCGGGGUUUCCAGAGUGACAUAACUUGAUCGAUAGGAAGUUAGUAAGUUGGUCGCUUGCUCGUUAUCAUCCGGCGCUUACUAUUUUGGUAGUUGCGUAAAAGGAAAUAAAGACGUCCUGUUUGGAAAGAGGUUCAAAGAGCUCGGAGAAAGCUCGCAUUUGUAGUUUGAUAGAGGCAAGAGAAGGGAGGGGACCGGUAGGGGGGCUGCAAGGGGCGUGUGCGGCAAUAAAACUAAGCCGUCCCUCGACCGGGCUUUUCUGCCUUCUUUCACACCUCCUUCUCCGCAUUCCCCACCUUAACUGAAAGAAUGGCGUGGACUGGACGGGUUACCUUUUGAAUGAAGUAGGGGGGGAAAGCGGCGUUCGCACUGACGUCGGGCCAUUAGAAGGAAAGCGGGCUGCACGAGUAAUCGUCUGCCGCUAAUUCGACAUCGCGUUGUCCAUUCGAUUCCACGCAAGGCGCGCGCCUGUACGCACGGGAGGGACCGGAGCGUAAGCGUGGAAGAGUAGAACUAGAGAAAUGUAACUUUUAUGUCUUUGCUUUUUUUUUCUUUUUAUUCUUUUUAGUGCGUUUUUUUAUUUACCGUUUAGAUGGCCUUAAACGAAUUUGCCGUUCUCUUUCGGGAAAGUGGCUAACUAAUACUGUAACAAUGCUGCGCUACUCCUGGAGGAUUUAGACAGAUCGCCUGCUACGAAGUUCCCUGGUUCGGUUGGGGUGUGUGUGUGUGUGUGUGUAAGUAAGUGAGGUUGGGGGGAACAGCGAAACCAGUGCUCGUGAUUUUUGGGACAGACUAGCCAUGGGAAAUACGGUGUCCUGUUGCGUCUCACCGGGUGGGAGCCCCAAAGUUGGCCGGACGAGGAGGCAGCCAGAACUUCUGGAGGUCUACCAAGCGGAAGCAGAGCUGAGCGAGCCUGACACGGGAACCUAUCUGCAGCACAUCAGCGACCGGGAGAUCCCUGACGAUCUACCUCCAGAAUCCAACCCAUCCGACCACCCACGAGCAACCACCAUCUUCCUCAGCAAAUCACAGACGGACGUGAGAGAGAAAAGAAAAAGCAAUCAUAUUAACCAUGUGUCACCAGGACAGCUUUCCAAAAAGUAUAGCUCCUGUUCUACAAUAUUUAUAGAUGACAGCACAGUCAGCCAGCCUAAUUUAAAAAGCACAAUAAAGUGUGUUACUUUAGCAAUAUUCUACAAUAUUAAAAAAAGGGACUCCAACAGAUCACUUGAUAUUUUUGAUGAAAAGCUGCAUCCUUUAUCGAAAGAAGAGGUGCCUGAAGACUACCACAGGAAUGAUCCAGAACACCGGCACAUUUAUCGGUUUGUCAGAACACUGUUUAGUGCUGCUCAGCUUACUGCAGAGUGUGCAAUAGUAACCCUGGUUUAUCUGGAGCGUCUUCUUACCUAUGCAGAGAUUGAUAUCUGCCCUAGUAACUGGAAGAGAAUUGUGCUUGGAGCUAUUCUGCUCGCGUCAAAGGUCUGGGAUGACCAAGCAGUGUGGAAUGUCGAUUACUGCCAGAUCCUUAAGGACAUCACAGUAGAGGACAUGAAUGAAAUGGAGAGACACUUCUUGGAGCUUCUGCAGUUUAACAUUAAUGUUCCUGCAAGUGUUUAUGCCAAAUACUAUUUUGAUCUUCGCUCCUUGGCAGAUGACAACAACAUGAGCUUCCCUUUGGAGACGCUCAGCAGAGAGAGAGCACAGAAAUUAGAGGCAAUCUCAAGGCUGUGUGAAGACAAAUACAAGGACCUCUGUAAAGCUGCCAUGAGGAGAUCAUUCAGUGCAGACAAUUUAGUGGGAAUUCGACGCUCCAAUGCGGUGCUCUCCUAGGACUUGGUGGCAUCUCCUGCGUGAAAGAGGGAUGUGCCAGCUGGAAGCAUUUCACCCGCCAUGGUGGUCCUCGGUAGGCAGGUGAAGGCCGUGCUGGCGCUUGUCUCAGUAAGCACAAAGAAAAACUAGAGCACACCGACACUACAGAAAAGACGGGCAAGACGACUGAGGGAUUCAGACCUGGCAGCGCAGAAUAUCGAAAACCACCAGAGGUGCAAAAAAAAAAAGUUGAUUUUAAUUUCUAAUUUUUUCUUGUGUUUUUUUCUUUUGCUUACUAUGUAGGCUAACAGCUGUGAAAUAUUUCAGUUUUAAUUAAAAGAAUCAUUUUUUGGGAUUAAUGUAUGUUUAAAGAAUACUAAUCAAGUAACAAAUCCAUAUGAAUGCACACACAUGCACGUACGUGUGUGUAUACCACAUGCGGCUUUGCACGGUAAUCGUGUGCGUAUGUAAUCUACAGUACAUGCACACAUACGUGUCUCAAUACAUUUUUUAAAAAUUUUAAUACUUUUCUGAAAAGUUUAAAAAAAAAAAAAAUGACACAACUUUUCAGCUCUGAACACUCUCUUUAGCCGUGUCCUUUUUCUGUUUGGAAUGAUGAUCCAUUUUUAAUUUUGUUUUUGCCCAUGCUGUAUUAUUUUAAUCUCUCUGUCUGUGUGUGGUCAGUCACACGCUACUCGUAUGUCAAGGUGUAAAAUGUCUGGCACUGUUUAUUCUUCUAUUUUCCAAUCUGGCCUGCACUUGGACCAUUUUGUGGUUAAAGAAGCUGCCCUCGGCGGACUGCUGCAGCAUUAUCAGGGUUGGCUUAUUUAUUUAUUUUUUGCCUUUUGCUGCACAUCCAUAAGCAUUCAUAAAACUGGUAAAGCACAAAGUGAACUUUGUAGUGAAACUGGAGGAAAGCCAGAGAUGUCUGAGCACCAGUGGAGCCAAACCCUAGCAGCUGUGAGAAUGAGUGUGAGUACACACGAUGACACACACACACACACACACAGGCAGACACCAAUACUGUACCUCCUUCAACUGGAACUGUUCCCAAAGAGAAAAAGCAGCUACAUUACAAACUUAUGUGGGGCAGGAAUGGUUUUCUAAAUGUAUGUUACUGCCUCUGUCCGAAAAUUUAUCUUUGUUGAAAAAAAGUAAAAAUGAGAGGAAAAAAAAAAAAGACUUUUGGGUUUUCCUUUUUUUU